AUGGCGUCCUCGCUUUUUCGAAUUGGCCAAGUGCUCCGAGGCAAGUCAGGGAGGUACACCAUCGCAAAACAUAUCCGAGAUACCAUUUGGCUGGCUAAGACAAUCCGAAUUAUCAUCUCCACUAGCAACCAAGCCCAAGAGACUGUCAUAAUUAAAAGUGUCUUGGGCCAUCCUCGUGUUCAGAAUGAACGAGAUAUUCUCAAACGCUUCCAGAACAACGCUUCGUGCUUACGGCCUCUACUAGAUGAGAUCGAAGAUCCACCUAACCCAACUACUAUUGUCUUGAAACACCUUGAGGAUGAUCUACUCCGAGCGACCAAGGCAAAGCCAUUAAACCAAAAAGAACUCAAAUAUGUCUCAAAACGUAUACUUGAAGCGCUAAGUAGUCUCCAUGAGGGUGGAUAUGUACACGCAGACAUCAAACCGGAUAAUAUCUUUGUUAAUUAUACAGAGAGAGGUCCAGAAAGUGGUAUACGAUUUUCCGAGGUCCAGCUUGGAGAUCUUGGUGGUACAUGCCAUAUUGAUUCAAAAUGGGCUAAAUCGGGUACACCAUUAGGGGCGCCGAUGUGGCGCAGCCCAGAAAUGAUUAUGGAAACCCCUUGGGGCACUCCAACUGAUAUCUGGUCAUUUGGAGCCAUGCUGAUAUAUCUCAUUUACGGUGGUGAUUUCAACUUGUUUGAUCCCACCUCGGUACCAUAUGGCCAUGAAGAAUACAGUCUGGAGGUUUUGAAACAACAGUUCCGGUACUUUGGCCCAUGGCCCGGUAAGUAUGAAGAGAUUGCGAGCCCUGAGACUGUACAUGCCAUUAUGUGGAUUAUGCAGGAGAUUCCCAAAUCCGACACCACACCAUUUUCUUUGGUAUCAGAGAAAGAGGUCCGUAAAGAAGACAAAGAUUUCAUUAUGGGAAUAAUGAAAAUGGACUGGAGGGACAGACCCACCGCCAGGGAGUUGUUGGGUCAUGAGUGGUUCAAGGAAAUAGCUAAUGAGUAA